UUGUACCUUUGCAGGGAGGGAACCACAGUGCACCAGUCCACAGGGGAGUCGUGCUACCGCCCCAGCAGCCAGCCCAGAGCCGGGAGACCGUUAGGGGGCGGGCUUUCUUGGAAUCCCCGCACCUUGUUAUUGGCUGUUGGGAGACGGUUGUGUAACGUACGCAAAAGUCCGUGGUCAUUGUUCGUAAAUACGCAAAUCGAGAUCUAGAGCUAGCUCCGCAGUCCGGCUAAUUACAUGCCAAGUUGCCCCUCGUCGAGGAGAAAAACACGCAAGGGUUUCUGAUCGAGAGGUUCAGCAUCGGUUCUGAGACCACAACGGUUGAAAACUGCUUCCUGGCUGUUUUUAAUGAGGAAGAAGGAAGGAAGACGUAUGUAAAGUGGUUUCUCUUUUAUUCCUGACAAAUAAAGAGAAAGGAGUGCAACGUGUAUUACGUGAUCGUUUCACCACAAAGAGCUGUAGCUGAUAAACCUCAAAGGACACCUGGCAGCACGGAUAAAGAUCAUCACGGAUCCGCGAUCUGAUGGUUAGGACCAGCUUCCUCAAGAUUCACAUACCAGGAGACGCCUUACCAUCAGGCUGCCUACCAGAUGAGGCUCCGAUAACCUGGGAUGGUGCUUCUUUGUCGAAAUAGAGGAUUGGAUGCAAAAACCAAUAUCGCCUGGUCCUGCUAAAGAAUGGCUCAUGGCUGGAAUUCAUACUUCCCAAACAUUCCACCUCGUUCAUCAGAUCCUCGAAGGAGGACGGCGGACUCGGGUAGACCUCUGUCCCAGCAUAUAGGGAACUUCACUGGACAUCAUGACUUCUCCGGUACACGGGGCUCACGAGAAGUCCCUGUACCACACACAAACUUCAACGCAAACUAUUGCAGAAAUAACAGUUUUGAAGCUCCAAGAUCAGACUGUGCCUAUAAUAGGUACUAUGAAAGACAAUGGCAAGCUGAUAGACAACACAUGGGAAGGGAUUACCCACAAAGAUGCAGGAACAGAGAUUUUCCCAAUUAUUCUUCAAACCAGUUUUCAACAUCGGGAUCGUAUCAUUCAUCAUUUGCACCAGAUUUUCAUCAUCCUAAGCAAGACCGAGACAUGCGGAACAUGUCAUAUCGUGGGAGCUCCUCUGCUACAAACAACUACUCUGACACUGAUGCAAGGGAAGCAAGGCCCUCAUGCAAAUUCACUCAAAUAAAUGUUUUUCCUCGGCCUAAAACGGACAUUGUUUCAAAUGAAAGCUCAACAAAAUACCUUUACCCUCCAGCUGGAAAUCAAACUUCACAGAAUGCAAGACUGUGUCCUAAUAUGUCAGAGACAAGUUCAUUUUCAGUCAAAGGUUACAGGGAACACAACCACUCUUCUGCUACCUCUUCUGAUGCAAGGACGAAAGGGAAUGAAUGCGAUGGAAAUGUUUAUCAUCAUCCAAAACAAAAGAUUGACGGGGACAGAGAUCUUGCAAAAGCUGCAUAUUCAGACUUCCAAAUGACUGAGAAAUGUUCUGGAGAUGGAAAUCGUCAGCAUCUAGUGGACAAGGAGGAUGAGUCUCCAAACUUAACUGACUCAACUGGUGAUCAAGACCCAGUUGUAAAUGACAACAUGCUGCAAAAAAGUCAGGCCUUAGAAAGCCUUUGGGAAAAAUCAGACUCAUUGAAUGAGGAACUUCUUAAUGAGAAAACAUCGUUAAGUCCAGUUUCCACUAAUGGCGAAGAUGAACUAAUAGAAAAUGACCAACAUGAAAGAGGAAUCCAGGACGCAUCUUACCCGCUGACCCUGAAUGAAGCAAGUUCUUCAGAUCGCAAUGAUGAUGAGCAAAGUGAAAGCAUCUCAAGUAGCAACAACCCUGACUUAGAGUUCAGUUUGCAGUUACCUGAAUCACAAUCCUGUGAAAGUCUUCGUGGAGUGAGUGAUAGUCAUUCAAGUGACUCCAAUGCAGGUACAAAUAUUUGUCAAGAGAAACAGAAAGAUGAACAAUUUUCAAAUUCAGCAGUGGAGGAAAAGUCAACUCUUUCUCCAGACGUAGAUUGUUGCAGGUCAGGUGAUACGAAGGGCCAGUCUUCUGAAGAGAUGAUUGAACGUAAAAACAAAGAUGGAGCCAGUGAUGUAAUGUCAUCGCAUAGUUCAGUUACAGAUGAACGUCUCCAAACACACAAAGAGGCUACAAGUACAGCAAAGUCAAACAUGAAUUCCGAAGUUCCAGAUUGUUGUGGCUCCACUGCUAUCAAUGACAGCAUUUCGAAGAAUUCUAGUCCGAAUAAUUCCUCCUUGCAACCUUCAUCUCCAGGUACUGACGUUGAUCCUACUGUAGAAAUGGAAAAAAGGAGCCCAUCAGAAAAAAUAACCCCAAUUUUCUCCCAAGGUGGUUGUACCCCUAAUCUAACUGACUUUAUUUCUGAUGACCUUGGUGACAAAAACCAUAACUGUGUGGAAGAUCAUACAGAAUCCACACUAAAACAAGGUGAUUUGGACACAAACUUGCACACAGUUCCUGAAAAUGAAAGCCCAUCAAAAAAGAUUGCACCAAAUUCUCCAAGUCAAGGUUCUAGUCCCACUCUCACAAGUGAGACUAUCUCUGCGGAUACUAUUGAUAUUGUCAGAAAUUCGGACUUCCCUUUAAAAGAAAAUAGUUCAGACACAGACUUGCAUACUGAUGAGGAAAUGAGAAACCCACUAGACAAGGAAGCUCCAAAUUCGCCUUCAAAUCCAGAAUCUAGUCCCAGUCCCAUUCAUGACACUGCAUCUAAUGAUAAUGAUGACAGCAUUAAUCAUUCAGAGCUCUUGCACCCUAAUGUCUUGAACACAGAUCUGCUUCCCAGUCAUUCAGAGGAAUGGACAAGUCCAGUUGAGAGCACAAAAACUACCUCCCAUACAGAUCCAGAAUGUAUAACCAGAGCUUUGAAAACUGAAAGUAACACACAAGAUUUCAGUGAGUCAAAGUCUUGUUUACAACCCGAUGCAGGAUUUGAUGUCAAUUCACUGUCGGAAGAGAAAUCAGACAGUCAAGAGGAGAAUACAAAUUCAGCCUUCUUCCAAGAUCCCCAUAAUUCAAUAAAUGACAGUUUUUCAACCCAAGAACAAGCUGAAUAUGAUUUACAUUUUCCUGAAGAUACAAAGGACUCAUUUGAAAAGUUGGAUUUCUCCUCGUCAGAACCAAGUUUAUUGUAUGGGGAGCCUCUCUCUGGAGAUGAGUCUUCAUGUGGCGAUGUUGAAACGUACAAUACCUCAUAUCAACUUCAAGAAACACCAGGGGAGAGACCUGAUGAGGACCCACUGGACCAGUUGAAACCGCCAUCACCUCAACUGACUUCUUCCAUAUGUAUGAGACCCUUCAUGCACCCCGUUGUUGUAUUGAUGAACAUGGAGUCAACAGAGAUAAAUAACGCCUACAACUGUGCUGAUUGCCUACACACAGCCAACAGUGUAGAUAGUCUAAUUGAGCACCACUACUGUUGUCAUCCAAUGCCAAGUUAUCAAUUUUGCAAGACGUGUGAUGUUUAUAUGUUGAAAAAUAAACAAGACAAAGACCAUUUGUGUGGUGAGGUCAUCUCAGAGAAGAAAAACUGUGGUCGGCACAAGUGCAGUAGGUGCAGACUCUUAUUUUCCAAAAAAGUUCACUACAUCAAGCAUAUGCGUGAUCACACUGGUCGAACACCUUAUAGGUGCAUUGGGUGUGGUGUAUAUUUUUCACAGUCUAGUGCUCUGAAUCAUCACAGAAAAGUUCCUGGGAGGUGCAAGCAAUCUCUGUCAGCUAAGAAGACGGACCCUGUUGUUGUAAAAACCCCAAAACCAACCCAGAAAAUCCAGGCUCCAAACCGUUCAUAUAAAAGCAUGACGCAAUGUUAUGUCAGGCUUCUUGACAUCUCCAAAACGAAUAUAUGUCAUUCUUGUGGCAAAAUUUUUUCAACCAAGAGAAAGCUCAAAAAACACAUCUACAACAUGCACAAAAGGAAAAACAUGGCUUCCUUGUUCUACACAGCUGAGACUAGUUCAUUAUAUAAAUGUCCUCUAUGUCCGCGACUUUUCAAGUAUUCCUACAACAGGGCUCGGCAUUUACGUUUCUGCAUCCAAAGUGCAAUAAAUGGAGACAAGAAGAAAGUUGGUGACAAAUAUGUCUGUCCCUUGUGCAAGGCUGCUUUCACAGCAGCGUCCAACAGAUAUAGACAUAUUAAACUAACCUGCCUGCGAGAAACCAUUAAUCACCUCGCAAGGGAGAGGGUGCGAUUACGUAAAACGUCUGGGAUGGAAAAUGAGCAGAGACCAAGCUCAAAAGAAUCUGUACGCAUAACACAAGAGAAGGGGGGAGAAGCAAAACAGCAGGUACCCCAAAGUUCAGGAAUGUCCCGCAUUCAGUACAAAUGCAAUCACUGUCCAGCAAUUUUUUCCCAUCCCUCUGGAAAGUACAGACACAUGAAAAAACACGAGUUAUUUAAGCACACUGGUAAAAUAAUCAAGUAUAGGAAAUCUGUCAUGCCCAAACCAUCCUCUCCAGAUGACACAGUAACCGAAGAGAGCACCAGUCAGCCAGACAUUGCAGAAGACUGCCCAAAACCUACUUUGACCUGUCGCUUUUGUGGACUACAUUUUCAUGUUCUGUCGACACUAAAGAAACAUGAACGCAAUCAUCGUGGCGAAAGACCAUACCGCUGUCUGGAGUGUAGAAAGGGAUUUAAGAAACUUACUCAUCUGAUUAGUCACAGAGUUGUCCACCAGAAGAGGAUACAAUGCACAGUUUGCAGAAAGAUUCUACCUACAAUUGGAGAUUUGAUCCAGCACCGAAGCUCCCACCCUAGAGAGAAAAAGGGAAUGCUUCAAUGCCCAGAGUGCCCAGCAAAGUUUCAGUAUCCGGUAUAUCUGUUUAGGCAUCUUCAGACGCACAGAAAUAAAGACAAAUCCAUACGUAAGUCUGAAGGGGAAACUCUUAUGAAACCACAACAGUCCUCGGAAUCUGUCAAAGAGAAGAAAAGCCACAAGUUGUUCCGAUGUUCGUUGUGCAAAGAAACAUUUGAUGAUGCGCAAAUACUAAGAACACACUCCCUCACACAUAUUUCCAAAUCUUCUUUAAACCAGUGUCCAUACUGCAAGAAGAAAUUUACAAGUCGUCAUUCUCUGAUACGUCACAUGGUUAAGCACACCGGGGACAAACCCUUUUCCUGUGUCAACUGUGGAAGACAGUUUUAUAAAUCGAUAUACCUCAAAAUUCACUCAGAGACCUGCACACCUCCAAUAAACAGUCCCCCUAAAGUAGAAGACACUAGUAAUCUGAUGAACAAACGAUAUUGUUGUACAAUUUGUCCCCGCAGAUUUUGGAAAAAAAACCGUUUACAAAUGCAUUUAAUUGCCCACAAGAAUAAGUCACUCCAUCAGUGUACAAACUGCAGCCAAUACUUUGGAGUAAACAUGAUCUCUCGUCACAAAUUGCUUUGCAUCACUACCCAAGAGAACUCCUCUGCUGAUCAAUCAACUAAUGGUAGUUUUGAAUCAAACUCAAUCCAAGUGAGUCAGAAAAGCCAACAAACGCCUUCAAACUCCAAUGCAAAGAACCUGUUCAAGCUUAAGUGCUCCUACUGCCCAAAGCGAUUCAGGUUCAGAUCACUUUUACUUCGACACAGUGUUACACAUACUGGUCUGCAACCCUUCAAAUGUAUACACUGUAACCAAAGAUUCAAGAAUCAAACUCUGUGUAAAAAUCAUGAAGCCUUUUGUGACUGUAGGUCAGAAACAUCUCAGCCAAAGCUCAAAGUGAAUGAUGAGGCAGAUAUGACAUCACAAGAAUUCCCAUCGGAGGCUGACGUUGAGUUGAAAUGCAAAUUCUGCACCAAGACCUUUGUGAAAGCACGAAGCCUGAGGCAUCACAUUCUGACACAUAACGAGGUGAAGCCGUAUCGUUGCAAAGCCUGUGACAGCUGCUUUUCACGAUAUGAUCAUCUUAAAGUGCACCAGGCUCUGUGUAAAAGUAAAAAGACACGGCUAGAGGUGAGAAUCCCCAAAAUCAGCCUGGAAGAUGUUGGAAGAGGUUGGCAAAGUAAAUGCUACCUGAGGCCGCUUGAUGAGCAAGAGACUUUUGAAUGCAAGGUUUGCUUGAAAAGCUUCCCAACUGAGAGGAAACUGUCCAGACACAAUACUAUGUUCCACACUGUAAAGAAAUUCAAGUGUUCACGUUGCGGUUCAGCCUUUUCUCACGAGAAAACUCUGAAACAGCACCAAAGGGUGAAAAGAUGCAAAAAACCAACAAAUGAAUCGCAUACUUCACUGCAGGAAAGUAAUCAACCAACUGACAAUAUUGCCAAUCAACUUGAUGGCGUAAGGAAAAGGAUUUUGGUGAAAAUUCAUCCUUUAUUUAACAAAGACUUGAAGUUUGUAUGCAGCUACUGCCCCCGUGCGUUCAAAAACAGCUGGCAAUUAAAUGUGCACACACGGUUACACACGGGGGAGAGACCGUAUUCGUGCAAGCACUGUGGAGAGAAAUUUAUUAGAAGUGAUUAUCUUAUACGUCAUUAUCCCAAGUGCAAGGACGCGACUCAGCCGGGCAGUGCUCUCUGCGACAGGUGUGGUGGAUUUUUUUCUGAAAAACAACUUGAACACCACAAAAAAACUUGCAUUCUAAUCUCAAGCUCACCAAACAUUUCUAAAAGCAAGCAGGCAUCCCCUCAGGGCCCACCAAAAGGCUUUUCAUGUGCAUACUGCAGUUCACGGUUCUUGCUGUUUUCCCAACUCCAAGAACAUUUUUUAAGUACACACACGCUGGAAACGGAUGCUCAGCCCAUGGCAGCUGCUCCGCUGCAACAACUUCUGUCCAAUAUCCCAAAAAUUAAAGAAGAGCCUGUGGAUGAAAGUUAUGGAAAAGCAUCCAGUAAUCAUGCUGGUGUAUUGUCCGAACCAGGAGCAGCUCUAAUGUCUGACACCUCAGAUCAGUUUGUCUGCCAGCAGUGUAACAUGCGUUUCAAUAACAGAGCAGGACUAAUUGGUCAUCAGCGUGCGCAUGCAACAAAAACACCAUACAACUGUAAAAACUGCAACAAGGGCUUCUGGAACAAGACUCAACAGCGCAAUCACAUCAGAAAAUGUAGAAAUGUUACCCAAUGCCUGGACAUUCCUGUUAAAGCAGAGAUUGAUGAUGCGUUUGUCUCCAAGUCCAAAGAUAAUUUCAGAACGGUAGCAACAACAACAAGAGCAAAGGUUUCACCAACCAAUGUCACCUGCAAGGAAGAGCCAGAGGAUGAAUCAACACAAAGCUCCUAUGGAAAUCGGGACAGUACCAACUCCAAAGCAGAAAAGAAAUCUGUACAGUACCAAUGUUCAGAAUGCGAGAAAAGCUUCACUGAUGGUCUGUUGCUCAUAAGUCACCUUGAAGACCAUGGAAGGGAGGAACAAGAGAGAAGAGCAAAUAAAUGUUCCAAAUGUGGACGAAGGUUCUCUAAUCAAGGAAACCUGAGAAGACACAUGAAACUGCAUAUGGCCCACCCGAGAUACUUCUGUUCCCUUUGCACCAGGGUCUUUAGCACCAUGUCUGAGCUUGAAAAUCACAACACAAGUCAUGAUAGUAGUAAUAAGCCCUUUUCCUGCAAAUUGUGUGAGCAACGUUUUUUGACAAGGCUAGCCUUAUGUGAACAUUACAGUGGAGAGCAUGCUGAUGAGAUAUUUCAUUGCCAGUGCUGCAGCAAAGUGUACGCAUCCAAAAGGUCGCUGUAUAGACACUAUAAAAAAUGGCAUCCAAAAGAAAUUAGGGACAUUAGGAGUGCAAAUCUGCAAAGGGGAGGUGCUGACCAGCAAUCUAGCAGUCAUGUAAGUACCAACGGUGACAGUGAUGACGAUCAAAACCUUGGCAGUGACAGCGAUUCUGACUCUGCCCCUUAUUUCCCAUGCCAUGUGUGUGGGAAGACAUUCCCAACAUCUGAAAGUCUUGAGGAUCACCAGUUGUGUCAUCUGGGCAAAAAGCCACAUGAAUGUGCAGAAUGUGGUAAAUGUUUCUUCCAGGCAUCCCAGCUUCAGCAGCAUCAGCGUAUGCAUAAGUCUGAGUUUCAAUGUCAGACAUGCGGGAGAGGAUUUGUUACGCUCUUUGCGUUACGGAACCAUAAGCAUUCUCAUGGGAGGAGUCGUCCAUUCCGUUGUUCCAAAUGUGACCUCGGUUUUGCUGGACCCACACAACUAGCGGAGCAUAUGUCCACCCACCGUGAAGAGAGCUUUCCAUGCGAUAUCUGCAAUAAGAUUUUCCAGAGCAAGAGCAGCAGAGCCGAGCAUCGGAAGAUCCACUCAGUUUUAGGUGACGGUGCCUCACCUUCAGGUUCAAAGGGAGAGCAUAAACAGUCUAAAAGUGUGUUUGGAUAUAGCACAGAGUUCAGGUACCGCUGUGGCAUCUGCAAUGAGCGCUUCAGAGAUCCAGAAGAACUCUCAGAGCAUGGCUGCUUGGAAGCUGUAGAGCGACCCUACAUUUGCACAGAGUGCAAUAAACAUUUUCUUCAUGCAUCUCACCUGAAGAAGCACCGGAACACCCAUCAGCUGUCAUGGUCUGAUCGGGAAUAUCCGUGCAAUCAGUGCAACAGUAGUUUUUCCUCAUCUCAACGCUUCCUCCGUCAUCUUGAAACCCAUGUUGGCACAGCAACCGGAGACGUUCAAGAACAAGACUCAUCAGAUGGGUUCAUAUGUCCAGUUUGCCACCAAUGUUUUGCCAGUGCCACAGAACUGAUCCAUCAUUUUCCAACGCACCCUGAUUGUACACCUGAAACGGAAAAGGCUAAAUGCGACGCCACUGAAGGUGAGCUUGAAGAACAUGAACUGGUUCAGCCUACGACACCCGCUGAAUAUGAAUGUUCACUGUGCAGUGGAAUCUUUCUGGGGAAAGAGGCUCUUCGAGACCAUCUAUGUGCCUUGCAAGACCAGAAAGAAGUGGAGAAUACAACCUCUGAUCUAGCUGAUGCAAGUUCAGCUCAUCAGGCUGCAUGGGACGAAGAGGAAGUGGACGUUACUGGAGAGGACCUGUACAAGUGCCAUGAGUGCACAAUGCAGUUCUCCUCCAAAAGCAGCCUCCUGGAGCAUCAGAACAAUCAACACUCCAACAAUUGGAAGGAGUUCAAAUGUGAGACCUGUGGAAAGUCAUUCGCCAAGAAACGAUAUCUCAGAAAGCAUCAGCUCAGACAACAUGGUCCCAAAGAGCAUGCCGCCACGACAGCCGACCUGGACAAGACUUUCAAGUGCGUCCAGUGUCGAGCCAAAUUCUACACAACCCAGGAUUUAUCUGACCACAUGAGACUGCACGCUGAAAAACAAGCUGGAGAGUACCGUUGUGACAUGUGCUACAAGUCAUUCAGCAAGCGGGCACUCCUUAGACAGCAUCAGGAAAGCCAUGUUGGUGAGGUCGUGUACGAAUGCACAGAAUGUGACAAAGCUUUUGCUUUUCCUCACCUUCUGGAAGAACAUCAGCAUUCUCACGCUGCACCCUCUGAGUAAUGGUUCCCGAUCGUCUAAUUAACUCAAGGUAUUUUAUGGUCCCCUUCAUGCCUUACUUAUGUGUUCUUCCAACUCUUUGGACCUUACUUGUUGCAUAUUCAUAAAGCACUUGACUUUCGUCAGUAUGUCAGAACAUCUUUUUAGUUAAACGUCUUAGUUUCAGAGACAGUGUUUGUAAAUUGUGUUAAAAUUGUUGAAUUAUUGUUUAAGAAAAUAAAUAUUGACCAAUAUGUCUUGGUUAACGACCUUUAGGUUUAGCAUAUUUGAUUCACAAUGUGUAAAUUAGGGUUUACCCUGGUAAUUGUAUUCCUUUGAUCCCCCUUUCUAUGCUAUUACUAUUCCUGUACAAUAUAAUUUUGUAAUUUUCAGUUUAUUUCUUGUAUGCCUUUUACAAUUUCUUUUUUGAUAAUGUGAAAAAGUCUUGUACAGACACUGAAAACAUGCUUUGAUGGAAUGUUAUUUUCACCACCUGAUACUUUUUUUUUCUUAAGGAAAUUAGUUAACGCAGUAAAUUCAAUUCUAAAAUCCA